AGCAUGAAUCGGUAAAACAGUCAUAUCUUAGAUGGCUAUAACGUGAUAUGAGGGCAAGCCAUGUUGACGGGAAUUUAAACCUACGGCACUUGGUUCUUUUAGACACACGAUGUCAAAGGGAGAGAAGUCAACUGCGUUGUACAGACCAAUUCUGAGCGAAUCGAAAAACGUGUGCGGGAUAAGAAAUCUCAAUGAAUUCUACGAGUGGAUACGAGGAAGCCACACCCCGACAUUUUCUUUGGUCACCUAUAGAGAUCACCCGAUUCGUACUUCUCAUCUCCGCUGGUUGCACUAUCGUCCUGUUCAACACACUCAUCAUCAUCCUUAUCGCCAAGUACCGGAAGCUGCGCACAUGGACGAACUGCUUGCUUCUGAGCAUGGCCGUGGCGGACCUCCUUGUCGGAGUUCUGAGCAUCCCCACACAUCUGAUCGCUGACGUCAGCUUACUUGGCAAGCACAUCAUGUGGUGUAUCGUCCUUAAUAUACCGACUGUGAUAAUCCCCACGGCCUCCAUAAUGUCUCUAAUUGCCGCCAGUGUUGAGCGUCUGCUCGCCAUCGCGUCCCCGCUUCGCUACCCUCUGUGGAUUUCUCGAAGACGGAUUCUGAUAACAGUUAUUUUCAUUUGGGUGUAUUCGGUAACGCUUGGAUUGUUGCCUGUUUUUGGUUGGAACAACAUCGAAGAACGCCGAAAAACAAAUCACCCUCUACGGGACUGUAAUUUUGCGGCCGUCAUGUCGGGGCAUUACACUGGCCUCUUUAUCGCCGGAAACAUAUUUCCGGGCAUGGUUUUUCUACUUUGCUUGAACAUUAAACUCUUCAUCAUUGUCAAGUCUCAGCGCAGUAAAGCGCCUUCCAUUGGAAAUAUUUCUCGUUCGGGCAGCGUGGCGGGAUUAAACGACGGAAGGCAAGCACCGCAUGUUCCUCAAACUCCAGUUCAAAGAAGCAGACGAGUGGUAUUCAUUCUCCUCGUGAUAUGUCACGUGACCAUUCUGUGCUACAUACCAGUGUGCGUAGCGUUCGUGGUGGACUACCAGUGGUUUACUGUGACCACAAUUACGGAAUGGCGGGCACCUUACAUCCUCUACGCAAUUGGAACCUUUCUUGGCGCCAUUAACUCUCUUGUAAACCCGGUCAUUCUCGGUUUUGCAAACAGAGAAAUCAGGAAACACUUGAAACUCAUGUGUAGGCUGAACCUGACGAAAUCGGACUCGUCCAACUCUAUGUCCCUCAUUAUGUGCAGUGCAAACCGGCAACUCUCUUAGCAGUACAUGUAACAGCGAUUUUCAGUUAGUGUAUAAUUACGAGCUCAAGGCUGGUCAGAGCGACAUGCAUGUAUUUCUCGAAACUGUGAAAGCUUACCCAUAUCAGUUCAGUUCUAGAAGUGAAAGGUAUACCCUAAUUCUUCUAUUUUUGGGACAUCUGGUCCUUCCUUUUUAACCAAUAUACAUGUAAUUGCGGCGUGAAUAUUUAGUUUCUUUAUUUUCACAAGGUUAAUCUAAUGACCAAC